AUGCCGUCCUAUGUCAUCACUGGCGCCUCUAGAGGCCUAGGGCUCGAAUUUGUGCGCCAGUUAUCCAGCGACCCAAGCAACACCGUCGUUGGCCUCGUUCGAGACAAGACUGCGACCGAACUUGCUAUCACUCAAGAGCUACCAGGACGAUCCAACAUUCACAUCUUGCAAGCUGAUAUUACAGACUAUGACGUUGUCAAGAAUGCUGUGGCUGCCACUACCCAAAUCACUGGCGGGGCACUUGACUAUCUCAUCGCGAACGCGGCAUACGUAUCAGAAUUUGACGCCUAUGAUCCCAUUGGAGUUUUAGGCCACAAUCCCAAGGAGCUUGAGGAAGAUUUAUUCAAGUCUUUCAAGGUCAACGUUGUUUCAAACAUCCACCUCUUUAACUUGUACAUGCCUCUCAUUCUCAAGGGUAAUGCAAAAAAGGUCAUCUCCUUGUCCACUGGCAUGGCGGAUCUGGAUUCAACGAACAAAUUCGAGCUGGAGGUUGCCUCUGGAUACGCCAUCAGCAAGGCUGCCAUGAAUGUUGCUACCGGUAAAUUUCAUGCUCAGUACAAGAAGGAGGGCGUUUUGUUUAUGAGCAUCAGCCCUGGCGUGUCCGAUACUGGCCACUACAAUAAUGUAACUCAAGAGCAAAUGGGAAAAGUCGGGGAGAUGUUUCAGAAAUUUGUUACUUAUAAUCCCGACUUUAAGGGCCCAUCAUCUCCGGAGGCCGCUGUGAGGGAUGUCAUUGCUGUGUGGGAGAGUGCAAGCAUCGAGGGCGGCAGCGGUGGUUCCUUUGUGUCCCAUCAUGGAAACAAAAAGUGGCUGUGA